GUACUCAAAUACAGCUGGAGAUCCAUCUCUCCUCCCCCUUACACCACGUACAGCGAAGAAUCGGAAAGAAGGGAAAGCACUGACUCGGUGUUUACAUUCACAUUCAACAGCCAUCUUUUCCAUGCAGUCUUUCUCAACUAUUAGAAACGGAUAUCAAGUAUUCGUCUCGACAUUUUGGAUCAAACAAGUGGUUGGCGCCUUGGAUUCCUACAGCACUCCGAAUGCGAAGACUAAUUCAGACAGAGAAUGCUAGUGUGGUCUUUUAUUUUCCUGCUUUGUAGUUGGGAAAAUGUCUCUGGACAGAUCCGUUAUUCAAUUCCUGAAGAACUGGAGCACGGAGCCUUUGUUGGGAAUGUUGCCAGGGAUUUAGGCUUAGAUGUGAACGAAUUAGCUAAUCGCAAGCUUCGGUUAAUGCCUGAGGCCAAUGAACGGUAUUUUAAGGUAAACUUGGAUAAUGGAGAGUUGCGCGUGAAUGUUAAGAUAGACAGAGAGAAACUCUGUGGACAAAACGCUAGAUGCAUGCUUACUAAUAACAUUAUCAUCGAAAAUCCAGUGGAACUCUACAGCGCUGAAGUUGAGAUAUUGGAUAUAAAUGAUAAUUCACCCAGUUUCUCAAAUGAUGAGCUCCGUCUGGAGAUCGUGGAAUCAGUUCCGCUGGGAACGCGCUUCCUGCUCCCGAGCGCGCACGAUCCAGACGUGGGCACCAAUUCCAUCAGCGCUUACCAUUUGAAUGCAAAUCAACACUUUGCCUUAGAGGUCAAGAACAGCAGUGACGGUAGUAUAACUGCGGUCUUAGUGCUAACCAAAGUUUUAGACAGAGAAGUGUUGGCGACUCAUCGACUAACUCUGACAGCCAUUGAUGGUGGAAUGCCAGUGAGAUCUGGCACGUCCCAAAUUGUUAUCACGGUUCUCGAUGUCGACGACAAUUGGCCGGUGUUCGAGCAGGCAGCGUACAACGUGAAGUUACCAGAAAACGUGCCAAUAGGUACUUUGGUUGUCAAACUCAAUGCCACUGAUUUGGAUGAAGGGUCGAAUGGUCAAAUAAGCUAUUCCUUCAGUAGCAGUACCCCGGCUAGCGUGCGUGACCUCUUCAGCCUCGGGUCCAGAAUGGGAGAAAUGAGAGUCAAGGGGGUAUUGGAUUUUGAGGAGAACAAUUUUUAUGAGAUUAACAUUGAAGCAAAGGAUAGUAUUCAUUUUGCGGUUUGCAAAGUUAUAGUAGAGAUAAUUGACGUGAAUGAUAAUGCACCCGAGAUAACAUUAAUGUCAGUAUCUACCCCGAUCCGCGAAGAUGCCCAGCCCGGGACUGUGGUUGCACUGAUGCGUGUAACGGAUCGAGAUUCAGGACUAAAUGGACAGUUUGAAUGUCAGAUUCCGGACGACCUACCAUUUAAUCUGAAGUCAUCCUUGAAAAAUACUUACACAUUAACGACCAGUCAUCAUCUGGACCGAGAGACGAAUUCCCAAUAUAUGGUCCACAUAACCUGCACUGAUACAGGAUCUCCUCCUCUCUCAACGAACAAAACCAUUCUGGUUCAGAUUUCAGAUAUGAAUGACAAUGCGCCACGCUUUGCACAGCUUUCCUAUACGGUGUAUGUCCCCGAGAACAGUCCUGCUGGCUCUUCUAUAGGUGCUGUCUCUGCUUUGGAUCCGGAUCAGAACCGGAAUUCACAUAUCGUGUACUCAAUCCUGAACAGUCUGGUUCAUAACAUGCCUGCGUCCGCUUACGUUUCAAUCACCUCGGAUACCGGUAGCCUGUAUUCCCAACGCCCCUUCGAUUACGAGGAACUCAAAAACUUUCAGAUCCACGUGCAAGCUCGGGAUGCUGGAUUCCCGGUCCUUGACAGCAAUGUCACCGUCAACAUUGUCGUCCUGGAUCAGAACGAUAACGCACCCCAAAUCAUUUUCCCGCUGACCAACAACAAUUCUGGAAUCACUUUGCCCCGCUCGGUGGACCCUGGCUCAGUAGUGACUAAAGUCGUGGCUGCAGAUGCGGAUUCCGGCCAGAAUGCUCGCUUGACUUAUCAGUUGAUACAGGCCACUGACUCAGGCCUGUUCACCAUAGCACAUGGUUCAGGUGAAAUUAGGACGAUCCGUCGUUUCAUGAAGGAGGACAACUCCGUUCAGAAACUCGUUGUUCGAGUUACAGACAAUGGCCACCCACCCCUUUCAAGCACAGUCACCAUCAAUGUAUUAGUAACAGAUGAUAGCGCAGAAACCCUAUCAGAUCACAUUCCUCAAGUCCACGAUGUCCGUCCCACUUCUAACUUAGCUUUUUACUUAAUAAUCACUCUGGCUUCAACCUCCUCUAUUCUACUUGUGAUUCUAAUCGUCCUCAUUGUGACCAUGUGUCAUUCCGAUCGAAGUCGGUCUCGUUGCUGUGACCUUUCCCCUUCCUGCUGCAAUUUAAACCGGUGGCAUACAGACGACACUUUCCCAAAUUCCCAUUUAUAUUUUCAAACUGUCCCCGACUAUAAAGGAACGCCACACUUCGUUGAGUUGGUUGGCAAUGGGUCGCUCUCUCGAACGUACUCGUAUAAAGUUCGUCCAAAUCAGUUAUCCAGUCAAGGAGAUUUCGUCUUCUUAGCACCGUACAAUACAGCAACUUUGCAAAAUGACGCGGCCAACACUGAUACACUUCUGGCAGAAUGGAGAGCGGAGUUACCGAAUAACUGGAAAAGUCCAUACACUGAGGUGGGACAAAUGAAUACAGACUGGCGUUCAUCAGAACCUCACAUAGUCGGAAAGAUCAGUUCCCAGUGUUUGGAAGAUAAUCUAAACCAGGAUGAUGUUAAAAGAGAAUUCAACAGAAGACACACAGCAGCAGCAGAAGUGGACAACAUUAAAGCAUCUCCAAAUCUGGAAGAUGGCUUACCUACCUGGGCACCCAGGUUUGGAUCACAGCACGUUGAAAACUUGGAACCUGAUGAAUAUCAGUCUAAUAUCUACUUAGGAGGCACUCCAGUCAUGUUAUCUAGCAGACAGGACCAGGUUGUUAAGCAGGAUGGGCAGCAUUCUGCCUCUUCCGCUAAAAAGAAGAAGAAGCGCACUAAACGAUCCGAAAAGCGAGAGAACAAAUCUACCAAGGAGGAACCAGAAAAUGAAUAAUCCCAUUUGCUACAUCAAGCUGGUAACUUUCAGUCACCAGGUCAGAUCACCAGGGUCGACACAAGGGUUCGUUAAAUUCAAUUUGAUGUCACAUUUGGAAAAUGUAUUGUUGUGUGCCCUCAAGUGCUAUUUUUUUUUGAGUUGGAUGUUCUAUAAUUCUAGUUAAAGUGUUUUAUUUAGUAUUGCUGUACUUAUUAUGUCAAACAACAAUCAUUUCUUCUUUGUUCAACUGUAACCACAGAAAAGCCAAUGGUAGAAGCAAUGUAAAAAAUAUUCUGCUAACAUACCAUCUAAGCCAACACCUUUUUUGUGAAAUAUGUAUUAUUAAUUUUUACAUCCUUAGUGUCAUGCCUCAAGGUCUGACCACAAAACAGCUUAACUGUACUAUACAUGUUUAAAGUUAAAAAUUAUAUGUCAGUGAAUAUUGAUUAAAUCUUGAAGAAACAAUCAAAAUUCACCUGAGAAGAGUGCAAACAAAUGUACACAAAAUCUAAAAGCUGUGUUAAGCAGUGCUUAUUUCCAGUGCCAAUGCAGAGUUUUAUUCCACAGGAAUCUGAAUGAAACAGUUCUUGAAUCAAUGCAUGUCAUGCCAAACUAGUGGCUGAAAUUUCACCAUGUCUCAAUAAACUGUGACUUGGAUUGAAGAACAGCAUGUAUUUGCCAUUACUUUUGUGGUAUUUGACCAUCUGACAGUUUGAGAUAUUUUCCUCUAUUUGUAAAGUUAGAGAAAAUAAUCUUAUUGAAUUAUUAUCAAGACUUGAAAGCAAAAUGAAUGAAAUUUCUUUAAAUUCACAUUCAGAGCAAAGUGCACCUUUGUGUAUCUAACUGAAUGUAGGAACAACAGUAAGCUGGCUUCAGCUAGCCACUUUAGUUAGGUCAGUCUAUUACUGCUUAAUAUUCAUAUGAAGCAUUUUGUACGUUAUUGACAUUGGUGAUCAUAAAAAGACAUCAUUUUUCCCCAUCACCUGCGGCCAACUAUGCAUUUUGUUACAUUUGUACCAAAGGCGGUUUUCUUUCUCAAUCACUUCUAAUGUAACCUUUUAUGCUUAGCCUCUUUUCAGAUGUAUUCUGUUUUUGCAUGUCUAAGUAAAUGUGAUCAGGACAAUCUUUACCAUG